AGGAGCGGCAGAACUCUAGUCGGCGACGAGCGGCGCGCGCGCACCCACUUUAACGCGAUCCAAAAAUACACUCGCCCGGCCACCGCGUGUUAUACCAAUAUUUGUGCUGUGUUUUAACGAUAUAAAUGAAGCGAUGUCACCGACUGCCAUGGGCGAUCUGCCUCAGUGGUGCGGGAAGACAGAAGGAUGCCCCCAGGCCUUGCUUGGUUGGCUAUAUCUGACUCAUGAGCAGAACGAUCAGUGGGUCCCUGGAUCAGUAUGGGGUCCUCUCCCAACAGCAGCCACAGGGACGACCCAGCCACCCACAGACGACAGCAACUCACUAGCGGAGCAGUUAGCCGCCCUGUCACUACGCCGCCCGCCCAGGCCGCCGCCCCCGGCCUACAUGUGCCAUUUGUGCUUCAAGAAAGGACACUACAUUGGAGACUGUCCACAGGCCCGACCCAAAGGCGAAGGACUAACACCAUACCAGGGCAAGAAACGGUGCUUUGGCGAAUACAAGUGCCCGAAAUGCAAGCGGAAGUGGAUGAGCGGAAACUCGUGGGCCAAUAAUGGCCAAGAGUGCAUCAAGUGUCGUAUCAAUGUGUUUCCUCAUAAGCAGAUAUUUCAGAGGCCACUCGAAAAGCCAGACGGUCUAGAUGUCAGCGACCAGUCGAAGAUCCACCCCCAGCAUCUCUGCCAGAAGUGUCGUUCGCUCGGAUACUAUUGUCGACGGGAAUAUUAGAGAUUCACAAAUGGAUACUAUUGUCGACGGGAAUAUUAGAGAUUCACAAAUGGAUACUAUUGUCGACGGGAAUAUUAGAGAUUCACAAAUGGAUAGUAUUGUCGACGGGAAUAUUAGAGAUUCACAAAUGGAUAGUAUUGUCGACGGGAAUAUUAGAGAUUCACAAAUGGAUAGUAUUGUCGACGGGAAUAUUAGAGAUUCACAAAUGGAUAGUAUUGUCGAUGGGGAUAUUAGAGAUUCACAAAUGGAUAGUAUUGUCGAUGGGAAUUAAUAUUUCCAUCGAUAAAACACAAACACACAACUCACACACGAUUCACAAACGGAUACUGUUAGAGACAGAAAGAUUAAAGAUUCACAGCGAGUGGUUUAUAUAAAUUUGUUAACAUUUAUUAAGUGCCUUACGAUAAUUUAAUUUUGGUCGUUUGCUAGGCUUCGGGUUACUUCAUGUGUAACCCUAGGUUCUUAAGACUUAGGGGAAUAUGUGUUUUUAAAAUAACACCUUUUUCUUACAAAAAUAUCAUUGAAACAUGUAGAAAUAUAAUUUACACAUACCAAAGACAAUAAACACAGAUUUUUUAUCUACUUACAAUGAUAGCACAGAUUAUGUAAAUCAACUUUUUGUCAAUCCAAAGAUAUCCUUUAUUUACCAAAAUGUGGAGCCAAAGUUUUUAAACAGUCUUUUUAAGAAAAACGUAAUUAAAGUAUAAGAAUUUUUCAAAUCAUAAAAUGCUAAAAAUAAUUAAUUUUAGUUUUUAUAUUAAGUUUUUAAGUGGGUUUUGUAAUGAGAACGCUAACAUAUAACAACAACGCUAAUUAUAAACAACAUUUAUAUGUUGUUAAUAAUUUAAUUUUGAUUUCGUGUCUCAUAGGGUUUUUAAUUAAAAUAUGUUUAAAUAAAAUGAUAUUACCUAUUUUGUAAAACACAUGAUUAGCGUUCUCAUAUCAUGGCCCAAGUGGGUUACAUUAAAAUAUUUUUAUGACAAUUUCCAUAAUUUACUAUUGAAACUCCGAAUACAGUAGGGAGAUUUUGUAAUUACAUUUGAAGAAAUUUCGGCUCAAACUUAUUUCACCCACACCAAAAGCAGACCCGGGUGAAAUUGCAGAGAUGGGUGAAAUGAGUUUGCAAUUGAUAAUCGAAAUCUCGCACGAUGUCUGUAUAGGAAUUAAUCCAAGCCUAUGAAUAUAUAACUAAUGGAAGAUUAUUAAGUUCUGCGUGAUUAAACAAUCACAUUAAGGUAAUAAUUUCAUAAAAAGAGAAUUUAGACUCGUCAAACAUUUGCGUCUUAGCGCAUGCUUAUGAAUGUUAAAAACGUUUACAAAAUACGCGAAAGAGCAAGACGGUUCUGAGAAGAAGAGGCGAGAAACUCUGCAAGUUUUACCAUUUAAUGAUAUCUCACUAUUUCAUAUGGUUGACGUCACUAACUCUUUUUUCUAUUCGGACCACGACUUCUUUCAAAUAUUGUUGUAUAUGGCCUUCUGUAUAAUACACACAUAAAGAAACACGACACAUAGAUGACAUGACAUUUCAAACAAUGCCGCAAUGUAACCCACGCUCUUAAGUACAUGAGAUUUCAUAGAUGAUAAGUAAAUAUGUUAUAUUUUAAAAUGUAUAUUUCGAAAGAUAACUCCAAGGCAGAUACUUACUAAUUUGUUGUAUGUAUAUAUCGACAAUUUAUUCCAUUUAUAUCCUUCCAACAAUUUAAUCAUUUAGUUAAGUGAAGUGAUUUUUUGUAUAUUGGAUUUAAAUUAACAAAUUAUAACCAGAUUUAU